GGGGGUUAUCAGGAACGGGAUAUUGUUGACGAUGCGAGGAAGUGGGAGUGUAUGGGAGUGUCGAUUGUCUAAGAUGUAUUAUAUUGAGAUUAUGGAAUGUAUUGUACUAUACUGGGGAUAUUAAGAAUGUGGACGAAGAUAGCGAUGGAAGGGGGGUGGUAUCACGGGGUCGCGAUAUGGUGCACCCUCUCCCCCCAUGACGCGGCUACGUCGCCCAAAAAUGACACCUCGCCGACCUCGAAACGUGCGGUUUUAGAACUUAACCCGGGGCCUAGGGGCGUACUUGACAGCUUGCUAACGGCGUGCUAAGAGCGCGGGUGCCAUGGUACGGGUUCCUGGGUAAGGUGACGAUGGGAUGGUGAGAGGUUCCCCGACGCCCCUCGACGCAUCGUUUGUAUACCACUCUUUCUCUUUUAAGUGUUUUCCUCCUUCCUACCUCUUUCUUCUUCUUUCCUCCUGCUACUCCUCAGCUGCUCGUUGACCUGCUCUUUCACCCCCAUCCACCCACCACGGUACCUGGAAGGCAUAGAAGCUUUGAAACAACGUCACACGUUGACUACACAAUCUUAAUAUAUAUAUAUAUAUAAUUUCUGGAAACGUUUUCAGAGACAUAAUACUACCACCACCACCACCACCACCGACCUACCAUCACGCCACCAUGAAAUUCUUCCGCACCAACUUCUUCCAUCGCUACACCGACGGCUCCAAAGAGCGCACCCUAGCCUCCCUCAAACGCCGCGCCCAAGCAGCGCAGCGACGUCGAUAUACCGUGCAGUCCGAAAGACCGGCACCGGCGCAGGUCAUCACUCCCCCCAGUAACCCCCCAGCCACCCCAGAUGAACCAUCAGAACAAACCCCGCCUGAGCCCGCCACUGCACCAGCACCAGAAACCCGCCAACCCGGCAUCGACGCAGCAUCGCAGACACCCCCCCCACCUCGCCCCCCGCCGACGACGAGCCAGACCCCUUCGACGACACCCUCGAGGCCGCCAUCGAGAUCAGCGCCAGCGAACUCGCCGCCUCCACCGACAUCCGCAGCAAAGUCCCCGCCUCCACCGUCCGCGAAAUCGAAGUCUCCUCGCUCCUCAAAGAAGCCGACGAGGAGGAGAAAGUCAAUCCCAACGCCGGUCCCAAAUGCGAUAUCUGCCAGGAGUUCACCGAGAUCGCGCGCAUUGGCGGGGGGGAGGACGCUGGGAAGGUCGAGAAGAUGGCUUCGCUGCCGUGCGGACAUAAGUUUGGGCAUAGAUGUCUACUAGCGUGGUUGGAUCAGGCGCUAGGGCAGACGUGUCCGCUGUGCAGGAGCUUGCCAGUGCACGAGGAGUGCGGACACGCUGUUAUUCCUGCGCUGGCGUCUGAGGCGCCGCCGUCGUGGAAGGGGAAUGGGGGGGAGUGGGAGGUUCCGCCGAAGUGUAUGUCGUGCAGGGUGGAGAGUGAUCCGGGGAAGCAGCUGUUGAGGUAUCAGUGGCAGAUGGAGGAGGCGAGGGGGAUGGCGUUGGUUAGUAUGAGGCAGGUGCCGAAUGAGUGGGCGGAGAGUCGGAUUCAGUUGGAGUGGGUGAGGAUGAGUGAGAGGACGAGGAAUGUGGAGGGGACUUGGGGGGAGGAGUUGGAGAGGUCGUGGUUGCAGUCGCAGAGGGGGAGGAAUGAAUGGUAGGGGGGUGGUGAGGUGUUUGGCGGUGGUGUUUUUGUGGUGUUGAUGGUUGUGUUGGGUUCUGGGCGGGGGGUAAUAUAGAUUGUGGCGUCCUGGAGUUUGGGUGCCUCUGGUUGUGUAGGCGGAAUAGACUGGAGUUGUGGCGUUAUAGGGGGUAAUGGAGUGGUAUUUUGAUUGAUGCCUGGAUUGAUGCUUGGAUAAUAUGUAUCGUCCGUCGAGACGCUCGAGCGAAAUCGGAAUAAAUCUGGCGCUCGAUUUUUCUUUCUUUUCCUUCUUUGCAGGAUGUUUGAGAGCUGGUGGGUUCUGGCCGUCGCUUCUGCUGUGUUAGAUGCACUUAAUUAAUCAAUCGAGUUCCUCUUGCAAGCAUUCGUUCUUUUCGGUUUG